ACAAUGGGGAGCUUUAUCUUGAUAACAGCUUUAUUUCUCUACAGCUACAACUGGAUCUCUGUCUCAGUGUCUGAGACUCAGACUGUGGAGGUCCAGCUUGGUCAAGAAGUCACACUGCUGUGCCCCAACAUUUCUAAACAUCCAACUCAGACAGACUGGUUCAGACUGGUCAACAGAACUGAGGUCAGCUGUGUCUCCGCUAUGUACAAGUCUGAUGGUGAAGCUUCAUUCUGUGAUGGAUUUCAAAACAGAUUUGAAAUGAGCUCCAACAUCACCACUGUCUUUCUUAAAAUCAAGCGAGUGGAUUUCUCUGACUCUGGACUGUAUUUCUGUGGAUUUUACAUCAACGCACACACAGUCAUUUCCAAUACAGUACAUUUAAAUGUUCAAGAUGGUGACUUUGACAAUGAAGUGGAUUUUAAGACUGAAAAAACCCCUGAUGGAAUAACAAACCUGAUGACUGUGGUCCUGGGUGGUCUGACUGUUUUCCUCACUAUAGUCAUCAUUGUUCUGGCUGUUGAAAUCAGGAAACUUCAGACAGCUGUGAAUGAAGAACCACAGACAGAAAGAAACAAGAGCUGCAAGUGGCAUCAAACAGCACGUUCAGACAAGCAGGCAGUCAUGAUAGUCCUCUGUAAGAUGAAUACAUAUUAGUCCUGUUAAUUCACAUUAAUAAACUCUAACUUCAACUGUGAUCUUCAAACUUUAACGUAGCGACUCUGAGAGGUUUUAGUUUUACUCAGAAUGUGACAAAAUGAUGCUUGUAGCUGCUCUUGUUGUCUUCUUCACAAACAUGAAAAUGUCCAUCAAACUAGAAUUUAUUCUUGUUACAAAGAGAAAAUUGAGUUCUUCUGCCAUGCUGUUAUAACCAUUCUAGCUGGUUGCAUAUAGUUUCUGACCUACAGUUACAAACAAUAAACAUUUGCAAAAGAACAAGUUUAAAGAACACACGUCUUUGCUCAAAUUAUCCUGUUCUGGUUUUUGGGGUUAGGUUUUGGCUAAAUCAGCUACAGUGUGUGUUUUACAGUGUGUGACUCUAAAUACUCUG